AUGACCCAACCACAGCACGAAAACAAUCCACACGACAAUCAACACCAGCCCCUUGCCAAGAAAAUCAAAAAUCAGCAUCCGAAUGACCUGAACACGAAUUGUUGUUUUGGAGUAGAUAUCUUUUCUCCUUCGGUUAUAUGUCAUAUUCUAUCCCCAUCCAAACUCUUAAGUGAGAUGAUAUCCGACAACAAUCUCCAUACCAAUGUACACAUCUCACGAUACACCGAGAAGUCUCUUCAAAUCAUGAUUUAUUUAUUCUUGAUCAAAUUAUUGAAUACAUGCCAUAAGAAAUUCAAACUCUUGAUUCCAAAAUCUGUUCGCACAAUGACCAUAAUGGAUCAACUCGGAGAUUAUGCUGAGCAAGUGGAAACAGCUCACAAGAUACCUGGAUUCGUAGGAGGAGGAGGAAUGGGAGCUGCAGUUGGCUUUGGAGGAGGAGCUGCAGUCAUGAUGGCACCACAAAACGACGACGCCACAUCGCCACCGAAAAAUAUCAUUGAAUUAUUGCAUCAACUCUCGCAACAGAGUUUAAAAGGAGAGCUAGGAAGAUAUCCAAUUCGUUACUUUCUCACUUUGGAACAAUUGGAAAAGGAAGAAUGUCCACCUGAGUUUUUCGAACCCGUGUUAAAAUUAUUGAAUGAGCAUUUUACAUGGAAUGAGCAAGUAUUGAAUGAAAAGGUGAAUCAUGAUGGCGACAUGAAAUUAUUCAUUAUGGGGCUUUACUCGUUGACUAGAUUUUGCCUGUCUGAAAUUAUUGAGCUCUCCAUGAACUUCACCAUCGAUAGUUUUUCUGACAUUAUUGGACACUAUUCGAUAUUUCUCGAUAAUGAAUUACUCGAGAGUAUUUCUAGAAAAUUCAUGCAUUGGAAUGGAAUGACGUUUUUAGUGAAAAUGAAAAGUUUAUGUGUUGUGCACACGGAGGCCCAUCAGACCAUGACCAUUCAAAACGAGGAGAGUUCACAUCAUGAAAUUGGCGAUUUUACAAAAAUUUCAUUGGAUACUCAUGUUCACAUUUUAAAAUAUGUGGGCGAUUACAGGGAAUUAUUGAAAAUGAGACGAGUGUGUCGGUAUUGGAAUACCAUGAUUGUUGAAAAUGAUGAAAUUUGGAAAUAUUGUACCUACCUGACUCUUUUAUCAGAUGAUUUAUUCAAAACAUUCACUUCUCGAACUCGAGUACAUGCUUUGAAAAAGCCAUCAUCUCAAGAUGCCACAUGGAUGGAAUACUUUUUCACAUCAGUGCAACCUCUUUUAGAAUUGAGAGAUUCCAUCAUGGAAGAAAAGAAAUGGAGCGUGAAAACAGAUUGCAUGAUAGAUCUUGAUUUGCUAGAGAAUGCUUCUACGGAGAGCAUGUUAAGAAAGAGUAUUACGAGUUCAGUAACCUCCUUUUAUCAGUUCAUGAAUACGGAUUCAGGUUGUGUUUCAAAAGUUGGAGCCCUUCCUUGGAUACCAAAAGAUUGCAACAUUUUGGACAUUUGGAAACCUAAUUAUCAAUUUAUUGCUCAAUUGAAUUGUAAGCAAUUAAGCUCCAAAUGUCUUCCUGGUUUUGAAUUUAUACCCGAGAAGGGUAUGCUAUACUUUUUUGUGGAUGUGAAAUUGGAUGAAUCAGAUGAAUCAGAUGAAUCGGAUGAAUUGAUUGUGACGGACACACAAUGUUAUGUGAAAUAUGUUCCAUGUGAAGAAGAAUCGUUACAUGUUGCACAUGCUGGAUUACUUCAUGAAAAUCACGAGUACAUCAUCUUUUCAAAAGAUAUCACAUUGGAGAGUAAUGUCACCUUAGAUACUUGUCUCUUUUCUAAAUUUGAAACCUCUGAAAAGUUGAAUCUCAUUGAAGAACGAGUCACAAGCUCACUAUCAUCCACUCGAACUCAAUUACAACGAAUGGAAGAACCAUUCAUGUUUGGAAAAUAUCAAGGACAUUUUUCAAAUUCAAAUGACGGAAUUGGUGAGAAUGACAUGGUCUUGCUCGAAACAAACAUGUAUUUGUUUGGAACAUCCAGAAUUUUUAGUUUUAUAUUUGUCAUGGAUAUCCAAGACUUGAUAUCAUGGAAUUUUGAACGUGUGAGAUUAAUUGUUCAGUAA